AUGAGCGUCCCUCUACAUACAUCCCCUCCCAAUGAGAGGACAAGUUACAUGAUCGAUCAGCUCGAAGGAGAGCGCAUUAGCAUUCCUGGCAGCAAGGGUGUUUUCAGAAUCCUUGCUUCAUCAAAGCAAACCAAUGGCGGCAUGGCUGUGUUUACUAGUGGCGCCGUCUUGGCGGAUGCCCCUGGUUUUCACUGGCAUGAGGAAGCUCAUGAUGUCUUUCUUGUGACAAAGGGUUUCUUGAAGCUAUGGAGUGGUGAUAAGUGCCGAAUCAUGGGCCCUGGUGACUUUGCUUAUAUCCCUCCUCAUGUUAUCCACAAUCCUCUACUUCUCGGGCCCCAUACUGAAACUGUCGGUUUGGUGGCCCCAGGUGACUGGGUUGACUUCUUCAGAUAUGUCGGCGAGACAUACAAUGGCAUUCUGGUUCCUGAGACCGACGACCGAGACAUCAAGUCAAUGCUCAUGCAGAAGAUGAUGGCGGCCAAGGACAGAUUCGACGUUCACUUCAAGCGUGACUACCAGCCACCAGAGGUUGGCGAUUGGCUAGAGUCUGAGAACCAACUUGCUGGCCCUGGGGAAGCCUACUUCUUGCGUGCCAAUACUGGACCUAGAUGGCUUCUGGGAGGUGUUAUGUCAAGACCAUUCAUUAUCUCAUCCCAAUCCGGUGGCAAAUUCUCAAUGUCGAGUAUUGAGUCAUCGAGUGUCUAUGGAAAGUCACCUCUGAGUAGAUGGCUCACAUUUGCCUCUAUUGAUCAUUGCUUCAUCGUUCAAGAAGGCCUUCUCCGGGUGAAGAUCAAGUCGGGGGAUAACAGUUCUUGGAACGAAGUAAGAGAGGGUCAGACGGUGGUUAUUGCGGCGGGUGAAACUUUCACUUUGGACUUUGGAAGUAGAUAUGUCCGUGCCUGGUCCUUUGCAAAUGGUCGGGGAAUUGAAGAGGUGAUUCAAAAUGCUGGAUCUCCUGCUGAGGGAUUCGUGCUACCCGAUGAGGCUGGAGACUGGGAAGAGUCUAAGUUGUUAGAAGUCUGUAAGGACAUUGGAGUCGAGGUAGCAGAGCUAUAG